UCAACAACAACCAACAUGGCGGCUUCAGAGGGAGAAACAAACCACUCAGACGGAAGACUGGAGUUUUCUCUAGAUGUUCCUUUCCCGUCGUCUCGUGAAGCCGUCAUCGCUCUGAACUCUCUGUCACCAGAUAGAGAACCGAGGAAAGGAGGCAUCAGUAAACAUCUGGAGGUGACAGGAAGCACGCUGUCUGUGAAGUGGAGCGCAGAUGAAGCUCGGAUCCUCCGCGUGUCAGUAAACUCGUUUAUGGAUCAUCUGUCGCUCGUUAUGGAAACUAUGGAGAUGUUCGGACCUGCUGUCCCGCUCUGAGUCCAACAUCUGGAUCAGGAGGGUUCAGGUUCAACAUCUGGAUCAUGAAGGUUCAGGUUCAACAUCUGGAUCAGGAGGGUUAAGGUUCAACAUCUGGAUCAGGAGGGUUCAGGUUCAACAUCUGGAUCAAGCCUCAUGAACAUCUGGAAGAAAAACAGGCAGAAAAAAGGACAUUUAACUGGCAGCUGUUUUUUAAAGCGUUUAUUUGAACUUUUCUGUGUAAGAAUAAAGAUUUUUCUGAAGGCUGAAAGAUCAAAAAGACGUUAAAACAUGCUUUCUAUUGAGUUUAAAUAAAUGUACUGUACAGCAUUUAUAUGAAUGAAUAUUUAAACUUCUUUUGAAAGUUAUAACAAACAACAAUAAACCUUCUUUCAAACAUUUGCAGCUCCUGU